CUUCGUCCAAGACUCACUCCCGCACCUCACAAGUUGAUCUACUCUAGACUCCAUCUGCGUCCUCCCGUUCGCCUUCUCCAGAGCCAGCCAACCUCCAUCCUCCAUCUUCGUCGACACCUUUCCCAAUCCUUGUCCAGUCGCUCGAACCCUCACCACCACUUCUACUUCCCGAACCUUACGACAAAGCUCUAGUUUCCCUUGGGCGUUGUCGUGCCUCCUGUCGACUCGCUAUCGACCCCACUUUGGCACAUCCCUUCUCUUUCCCUCUACUCAAUCGAUUGUCCAACACAAUUUCAGAGACCCUGUCUGUCAGGAUUUCCAAACAUUGCUGGAAUCCCAAAGUCCUAUAGCACUUCGAUUCGACUCCUGUCUUUUUACUUGAGAACUGUGGUAUUGCCAUUGACAACAACCGGCGCUCGGGCCUUGAUCGACCCCUCCUCCUUCACAUCUACCUCCUUGACACUGCCGACAUAUCCUAUCCCCCACAUACUUCAAGACCUCAAAGGCCCUCGUUGCGAACCUCCUCUCCAAGCUCUCUUACUCCCUUAGCAUACCUUCAAUUUGAGAAGAGGCACAAAAGAACCAACCCCAAACCUGAGGGAGUCCCUCUUCGUUGAAUACAUACAUCUUUUCUCGCUGCGGCACGGAGUCUUUCUCCCUGUAGCGGUAUACCUGCGUUGGACAUACAGCCAUGAAUCCCCAUCAAAAGAACAAGAUCGAUGUUUCGAAAUUGUCUGCGGAUGAGCAGCGUCUGUUUCGCUUGUAUGGAAAGCUACCGAAUAAGAAGGAUCUUUUGCAGAACAAGUUGAAGGAACGCAAGUAUUUCGAUUCUGGGGACUAUGCCCUUUCCAAAGCAGGCAAAGCCUCGGAUACGGGUGUCACCACUAUUGGCACCGAGCACCCGAAAGCAGAUGAGAUCCCUCAUAUGAGCCCACUCACCCAUAUCGUCUCUCGCACCGAGUCCAACGUUGGCCUUCCAGGAGGGCCUGGCCUUGCCGCCUCUCCAGACAACCCAGGCCCUGCCAAUUUGCACCGAGGAAGUAUCAACGGUAUCCCAGGAGGAGGUUUGCCUGGAGCCAGUGGUCGUAGCCCGAUCAAAGAAAGCAGUUUCCUGGCUCGACAUGCUAGCAUGGACGAGAGAGACGGCAAUGAAGAGGACAAGGCCAAUGGGGACGAAAGAAACAUCCUGGAGCGCAGUAUUAGUUCCCCGCACGCCCAAGCAGGUAUCCCCAUCCGCAGAUGAUGUGUGUGAUGAUACUCUAGGGGGAAGUCGACAAUGAGGAAUGGUUGUGACUAUGGAACUGCCACCAGAGGGCUCUUUCGUCAUCGACAGAGCAUAUGUCUAUCCGUACUCGCCGCAGGGAGUGUGAGGGAAGAGACUGGUGGAGACGUGUUUGCCAUGGAGAUGUCUCUGCAAUACCAUGGCACAGACGAGGCUUUGAGCGAGACCCACCACUCGAGGGACGAGGGCGUCACGUUUUGGAACGGCGACAGGAGUUGACAGGAGUUAAGCCGGCGUUUGUCAACAAUCAUUGGACGACUUGAGGUGGACUGGGGUCAGAUGGGACAUGGAAACCAGACGGACCAAGUUGCUGAGGGCUGGUGGCUGGAGCUCUGGAGCCGACUGCAUCAGGUUUCUGUCAAACAUGGGAGAGGUCGUGGUGGGCCAGAAAUUAUGGUCACAUGAUCAAGACAUUCUUUUCAUCCUGGGCGGUGUUGGCUUUUGACAUGGUAGAUGAGGGCACGAAGUGAAACAAAAUGGUUCAUGGAUGCAAAGUCAGAGAGAUAUGGAUGGCGUGUUUUGCUCUCGUUCGUUCUGCCAUGGCAUGCUGUAAGUAGCAUGCGAGAAUGACAAGGCCAGGCCAAGCCGGGCGAUGGGAUAGUCCACAUAGCAAUCAUCUUCUACUGCCAUACCAUGCCCUGCCUUGCAGUC